AUGAAUUCAAAUUAUAGAUUUGGUCAUCGUACUGGACGUUUCUCCAAUAAAAAAUCAAAACAUUAUAAAUUUGCCCUUCGUAAUGGAGGAGCAAUUGGAGGAAUUAGUAAUGAAGGUAAUACAUGUUUCAUGAACUCGGUUAUCCAAUCAUUAGCUUCUUCACGAGAAUUGGUCAAAUUUAUAGAUUCUUAUCUUUAUACUGAAACGGAAAUUGUACAACCAACUACAGGUAAAUCAAUCAGAUUAAAAUCAGAUCAACCAAAACCUCAAUUAGUUUUCACUAAUGCUUUGAAAACUAUUUUGAAUAAUGUGAAUGGGAAAUAUGGAAGUAUAGGUAAAGAAUUCAGUUCAAAACAACUUUUAAACAAAAUGCCAAAUGGUCCUAAACAGAAUUUCUUCUCUGGAUAUAAUCAAGAAGAUGCUCAAGAAUUUUAUCAAUUGGUGAUGGAUCUUUUAGAAAAAGAAUACAAAAGAGUAAGUAUUUCUCGUCCAGCUACUCCCGAGCCUGAAAUCCCGGGUGAGAAACCUAAAGAAUCAACCAAAUUUAUUGAUGUUUCAUAUAUUUCUAAUUUGAUUUCUGGUUGUGAUCAAUUGGGUAAAUUGGGAUAUGUUUAUGUUCCCGCAUCCCAAGUUGAUCCUAAUUUAACUGGAGUGGAUCAUAAAGUAAUGUCAUUGGAAUUGAUCACACCAGUAGAUGGGAUGUCUGCAGAAAGAAUUGGUUGUUUGACUUGUGGUGAAGUCGGUGGAAUUAGAUAUUCGGUGAAUAGUGGAUUGAGUUUAAAUUUACCACAAAAUUCAAGUUAUUAUUCUAGCUUUACUUUGAAUCAAUUAUUAAAUGAAUGGAACAAUCCGGAAAUUAUUGAAGAUGUUAAUUGUAAUAGGUGUGGUUUACUUCAAACUAAAGAAUUCUUAAUGGAUACGAUUUCUCAAUCAAAACAGAAUUCAGUACCAGAAAAAUUAAUUGAACAAUUCCAAACUAGACUAGAUUUAAUUGAACAAGAAUUACUUAAACCUCAUAUUGAAGAUGAAAUAUUUGAAAAAUUAACAAUUAAGAAACAUAUCAAGAAAUCAAAAAAAUCAAAACAAAUCUUCUUAGGAAGACCUUCUCCAUUAUUAUGCAUCCAUAUAAAUAGAUCCGUCUUUGAUCCACGAACAUACAUGGUGAUGAAAAAUACCAGUAAUGUAACUUAUCCCGCAACACUCGAUCUUGGUCCAUACGUAGCCGAACCAGGUGAUAUCAACAUGGACGCCAGAUUACCAUUCCGCAAACAAGAUGAACGUUUCCACCACCACCACCACCACCACCAACAACAACAACCCGACACCGCCGACGGAGCAUCAUCACCUCAGUCACAAACAGGACUUUCAGCCAGUCCAUCAGAUUCAUCCCUCUCCUCCCUCGAAACCAAUCCAAAAUCAAACUCCACCACAAUGACAGUGCCGGACUCCCACUCCGCACCACCAGCCGCGGAACAGCUGCUCGACCCAAGAUUACAAUAUAAUCUAAAAGCCGUCAUCUCCCACUAUGGAACCCACAAUUAUGGUCAUUAUAUAUGUUAUAGAAAACUCCGAGGAUCAUGGUGGAGAAUCAGUGAUGAAUCGGUAUAUGUCGUGACUGAGGAGGAGGCUUUGAAUGGACAAGGGACAUUUAUGUUGUUUUAUGAGUAUGAUGAUGGAUAUGUUGAUCCUUCACUUGUUGAUGUGUCAGAUAGUGAUGAGGAAGAUGUAGAUGUUGAACUGGAGAAGGGAAUUAAGUUGAGAGAAAAAGCUAGUAGUGGAAGUAGUAUGAAUGUGGAUGAUGAAGAAAAUGAGGGUGAGGAAGAGGCUGAGGAAGAGGAAGAGGAGGAUGAUGCGGAUUAUGAAGGUGAGAGCAGCGGAUUGGAGAGUUCGGAGCUGGAGAAUUCGUCGAUGAUUGCUCAGCUGGAUAGAAUACCUAUUGGUGAUAAUGAGAAUGAUGACGACGAGCAGGAAGAUGAUACUUCGAUGAAUAGUACUCAUAUUGAUUUGGCGGCUGCUGAAGCACAGGUUCAUUUGUAA